AUGUCCUCUCUUCCCCGUUCCCGCUCUCAAAGUACCGUACGAUCAAGUUCCCUGGCUCCAGAUACCCAGCAGGUGGAUCAAAAACAAAAUUUUAUUUUAUUUGAUACUGAUGAUUGAAGUUAUUUUACCGUGAAAACCUUACUUUCAGUUAGUCCCAGAGCCUUCGGCUUACCUCAGUACCAUCAGCAAGUGCUGGCCGAGGUAUCGGAACUUCCUGUAAGUCAAAAAGUGCUGUAAACACCUUGUAUUUAAGGAAUGAGUAUUGUCAUCGUAGUCAGAACUAUGGUCCCUACUAUUACGACGGCUACUACAAAAGACAGCCCACUUAUUUUAAUCCCAUCCGAACCUAUCAUUACGAAUGUAAGACUAAUAUUUGAUUGUAUUGUUUCUUUCAGUUGGAUAUUACUGA